UCCUAAGUCCUAGCGUCUCGUGCCCCCGUCGUUUCUUAGUGCUCUGUGGCGAUCAUCUAGGGUUUUACUCUAAACCCUUGCUUUCCCCGUAUACUCUUAAGUCAUGGCGGAAGCAACUGCAAAGGAAGUUGAGGAGACCAACACUACAACCACCGUAGACAUGGAAGUUGAAAACACGGAAUCGCCUCAAAACGCCGGGGGCAACGGCGGCUCUGAACCCAAUGGCACUGAUCCCGCGACGAACGGCGAGUCCAAUCUGAAGCGGGAACGGGAAGAGGAUGAGUCCCAGGAAGGCGAGGACGGAGUUUGUAAGAAGCCAAAACUGGAAAAGUCAGUGGAAGAAGAAAGGCUGGAGAAGUUGGAAGAAGGGGUCCAAGAGGAGGAGAAAUCGGGUCCCGUGAACCUGGGUUACAAGACUUUUGCGUCUUCUGUUGAAAUAUUCGAUUACUUCUAUAAGUUUCUUCAUCACUGGCCUCCUCAUCUGAAUGUUAACAAGUAUGAACAUACAAUGCUGCUGGAAUUGCUUAAGAAGGGCCAUUCAGAACCAGAUAAGAAGAUUGGUGGAGGGGUCCGCACAUUCCAAAUCCGCAACCAUCCUACAUGGAAAAGCAGGUGCUUCUUCAUUAUCAGGGAAGAUGACUCCGUUGAUGAUUUUAGCUUCCGGAAGUGUGUGGAUCAUAUACUUCCAUUGCCGGAAGAGAUGAAACUGAAGUCCCAUGCGAACAAGAUGUUAGGUGGUGGAGGAGGAAAGGGGCGCGGAGGAAGAGGCGGUGGUGGUAAAGGAGGCGGCCGUGGACGUGGGAAAGGAGGGAAGUUUAGGCGAUGAGUACAAUAGAUGCUAGUCCGAAUUGGUUUACAAUAGUUGAAAUGUUUUCUGUAUUUCCAAUUUACCAUCUUGUUUCGUUUUCCUUCUGCUCUCUCUGAUUUAUAUGUCGACUUUCUGAGUUAAAUUCCUGCCCUUUGCAAUAUAAUAUAACACAUUGCUCCAAA